AUGUUGCAAACCAAAACUGUACUCACAUUUACACCGGCUAUAUUUUCGUCGUGUUGAAAUUUUGCUACAACACGCCGUGAAACUCACAAUCAAAUCAAGGUCAUUGCGUACGGCACAAUUCGACUACAAGUUCGCCUUCUUCCUAGUCGCCCGCGGCAGCCCGCACAGACAAAACUUACUGACGAAGGCGACGACGGUGACGUUCAAGCCCCAUCAGUUGCCAUCAGCACUCCUCAAAUCCAGCGAAACUAUCAUCAAAAUUGGAGCAAGAACACUGCUAGAAAUUUCUGCGUUUCCGGUCGCAAGCGCGAAUAUAACCCUUUGUUGGCAGCAGCGAUGUCCAGUACGUCCAGCUAGAGUGGCCGCAACCACUGGAAGGCUUUUGCUCGCGGGCGACGACGGCGAACGAUGCGCGCGGCGGGGACCUAGCCACCUCGUGCGUAACAAUGUCAGCAGGCGGCGCGUCGGGGGGCGGCAGGCUCAAGUCGUCGCCGAAAUCACCCAGCACCAUCAAGCACCACGGGCCCAUGAAGGCCACCCUGCCGAUGGCGUCACUACUGAAGCAAUCCAGCCCGCUGCGGUCUUCGGUCAGUCCCACGUUCUCCACUGGGCUUGGGUGGAAACCAAGUGAGGUGCAUUCAGGUCUCAGGAGUCCUGGUUCUACAAUUAGUAAAGGAAAAGUAAGAACAAAGACUGGAACAUUAAACUGUAUACGAAGAUCAGCGUCGUUGGACGCGAUUUACCUGCAGGGGCAGUGGCCCAGAGAGAACCUCUAUGUACCACAACUGUUGCAAGUGGAUAAAGCCACCCAAACCGAGGAGAACGAAUGGUUCGAGUGCAGGAAAGUCCUACUAAUGGGUAGUUCAGGCGAAGAAAACGCUAACAAUUCAAAUACAAAUGGAAAUGAUAAACUAGAAAAGUAUAUCAAGCAUAAGAUUCAACGAGGUGCUGCUGGAAGCGGUGGUCCAGCUCAUGGCCUGUCCGGAAACCGAUCUCAGACGUCGCCGACAGGAGGCUUCGCGCCUGUUGUAGGUGAUCAUACGCUGAACACUAGUUCACAAACAAAUACAUCGUGUUUAAUGCCGAUACCAAGAGCUUUACCGGUAAACAUUCCGAUAAAACCACUGAGCAAACCAACGAUGCGCAACUCUGUGGAAGGGCUGAAUCAGGAGAUUGAGAGGUUGGUGCUGAAGUCAGACGGGCUCGCCUGCUCCACGUCGGAUAAGCACGACGAAUUCGAUAAGACCACGCCUGAAGGCCACCGGGCGCCAUUCCCGGAGUUGUAUAGAAGCACCAGGUCGGUGAACACUCAGACGCCGUCUGCCAAUGAUCUCAGAGGAAGUUGCCAUUCAUCAAGUCCACCCUCUAGGGAUUCCGUAUCACCGCUGAUGAUACCGGGUUUAGACACGUCACCGAGUGAUGCAGGUGGAUCUCGUGGGUCAAGUCCAGAUCAAGAAUACUCGACGAAGUUGGGCACCUCGCCGCGAAUUUUUCUCGCGCGUGGACCACCAGACGGCUGCGAACGGGUGAGCAUGCGUCCGGAGGGUUCCAUGACGCUGCUGCCCCCCUCGGAGCACCAUGUGCUGUUACCGCAGCCCUGCACCGCCUUCCGGCUGCAGCCAAGUCAAGGCUCCGCGUUCCAACUAUUGCAACCAGCGGCGGCGGCGAUUAUGCCCGCCGAUCCGCAGCCGGAUUUAAUUUAGCAUUGCAAAACCAUCAACAAAUCUAAGUUAUCGAAGCAUGGGCGAAUGUUAGCCAACCAAACUAAUAUGACAAUUUUAAGAUUUAAUAUGGCGUAAAUAUUGUUGAAAGUUGACUUUUUAAAAAUUCAUUCAGACGAUUUAAAAAUAACGAGCUUGAAAGGACGAAAACACUACUUGUUAAACAUUGCGUAAAAAUUAACACUUGUUGGUUGAAUACUUCAAAAUUUAGAUUUUCAAAUUGUUUAUAUGUAUGUACAUUAAAAGCGAACACACAAACUGAAGAAACGCGCAUGGACGAAGAACGAAGAAGAAAUUUCAAAAUAUUGAAGUAGAGAAGUUGUUUAAAAAUUUAAGUAACAAAAACUGGGGGACUGAUACAUUUAAUUAAAACUAAUGUAAGGAGAAAUAUUUUAGAGGUCAAUUAGUGAUUCAAGACGAUGAGAUGAUGAAAAACGAGACAAAAUGAGAGGACGAAACGGUGUAUAAAAUGUAAUCGUUACACAAUUAUUUUUGUAAGAAAAGCGAAGUAUGUAAGAGUAAAAAGAAGUUAUUAAAAGUAUAUUAACGUAGAGGCAAGAAGGACAAGCAUAUUAGCAGAAAGGAACAUUCCAUGUAAGCAGUGAAAAUUUAAAAUUUACAUUAGCAGAAAAAAAGGUUUUAAAAAGUCAGAACACGAAGCUAGAGGAAGAAAAUGAGCAGACUGGGAAAACGAUGCUGUGAUUAAACAUUUACCACACUCCCGCAUUCUGUGUUUUGUCUAAAAUCUUAUAAUUCAAAAUGUCCGUCGGUUUCAUUUCUACUGUAGGCUUGGAAGCACAGAAUACAAAACAAUUUACUUGAAAUGUAAGAUGUAUGUGACAUAUCCGCAAAAUACAUGGACUGAACGAUGCGAAA